AUGUGCCUACACAAAUAUGAGGUUCUCAAGAACUAUGGGAAGACUGAAGAGAACGCGUCCCAUGUGUACCAGUCUGGGUGUAUUCUGCAGCUGUUGGCAAUGUGCCUACACAAAUAUGAGGUUCUUAAGAACUAUGGGAAGACUGAAGAGAACGCGUCCCAUGUGUACCAGUCUGGAUGUAUUCUGCAGCUGUUGGCGUAUUUAGAGGGCGCUACCAGCGACCUAUGGGAGACUGAAGAGAACGCGUCCCACGUGUACCAGUCCGGGUGUAUCCUACGGCUGCUAGCGUACUUGGAAAUGGCACUACCAGCCAUGAAGCCCCACUGCUUGGCUGUGCUCACUAAGAUAUCCUUCUCAUCUAACGGCAGAGACGCUUUGUAUGAGACAGGGACGGACCUGGUGUUCUGCCAGCAACUCCUGGGAUCGAACGUGGGUCUGCUAGCCGACGCGGCCAUGGGCGUCGCCAACAUGACAAAGCUACUUCCUUCUGCAGUGCGAAUGUCAGACACCAACAUCAUUGAGGCCCUGUGUGCAAUCCUAAGUGAUGACGCAGCAGUGUGGUUCUACAUCAGAAUGAACGCACUGCGAGCUCUGGCUGCCCUCUGUUUGAAGAUCCCUAAGGCGGCCUACAGUCUCGUGGAGCCCAAGACAUUUGCAGCUCUGAGAAAUAUUAACAAAAAGUUUAAAGACAACCCAAUCGAAGCCCAGCGUCUAGCUGUGCAGUGCUACAUAAAUCUCCAGACUUACCACGUGAGCAUGAAAGCUAUGCUCAAUGUCGACUUCGUGCAAGAGAUGCUCAACAUUUUGCAGCGCAUAGACAUCAGUUUGAAGAAGAUGGCUUGCGAGGUGCUAACCGGCCUCAUGGUGGAGCCAAUCGCAAAGGACUUGUUCACGAGCUGCAAGGGCGAAGAGGUGGUGGCAACGAAUCUGCACAUCAAACACGUUGGUUUUAACACCGCGCUGUGCACACUCAUCACGGCCAGCGUGACCGAUGAAGGGGCCGACGUGUAUCUGCAACUCGGCACCGUGCAUUUUAUGGUUGAAAACCGUCUAGCAAGAUACGUUGUGAGCGCCUGGGAGCCGGCUCUGGAGGCUAUCUUCAAGCACCAUCCGUCAGCCAAGCUGGCUUAUACAGGAAGGCUGGAUAUAAAUGACUUUACUCAGGAAGGUUUCUACGUCCAAAAGCGACUGUCCACUCCAUUCCCCACCAUCAAACAGCUGAUGGACAAACCACCACCCCACGAAGAUGCAGUGUUCAUAACCCUCUUCCAACCACCUGUUUCCGAGUCAGGAGUUGCUUCUGACGUCAACAUCGGAUACUAUCAGUUCCACGGUAGAUCGUCGACCAUGAUGACUACGUCUUCGAUGAGAAUGCGACCCCCGAUCCCCGACGACAUCAACUUACGUGGCUACAUUCUGCAGCAACGACUCUGGUUUGGCGAUCCAACAAAAUCUCUUCGAUAUAUCGAGAUAGAAGCCGCGCAUUAUGAAGUAAGAUACCGAGACAAAUGCGACGAAGUUUCCACGUCGCUAAAGGAACGCGCGCAGCUGCUAGCCGAAUUUGUCGUGGAGCAGAUGUGUGGAACAAACCAAGAGAAGGACUGUUCCAUGCCUACAGUGGCCUUACAUCUGUCGGAUUUAAUGAACGAUCUGGACUCUUGCGUGAUAGGCUUGGGAUGGGUGCGUUGCGGCGGCGCACUCGAGAGAGCAGUUUUGUACAAGGUGUUGGCUGACCGCGUCGGCUUGCCGUGUGCGCUCCACAGGCGAAGCAGUGCGCAUGCUUGGUGUGAAGUUGCCAUUCCUGAGCUGGACCCGGAAGCCGAUGGUAAAGAAGAGAACUACCCAGCCGGUCUACUUCUGGCCAACUACGUAGUGGACCUGAUGGUGAAUGCAGGGCGGUUGCCCCCUCGCGGGGGGAGGAGGCGAGGCGAGUGUGCGGGUGUGAUCCUUCGCAACCCACUUAUACUUCGCGAGCGGCUACCGGAUGUUUCUGUCGGCCGGAUACCUGGCUCAACAGAUACCUAUUAUCCCUAA